UAAGAGUGAAUUCAUAAAUCAACAUGGUAUCAGAGCACAAAGAUUCGUGUCUCUCCCCUUUGCUGCGUUAAUCACCAAAAUUUUUUCGGCACUGCCGAUUUCUUCUUCUUUGUUCAAGCCGUGCUCAGCCAUGGCUCCUGUAUCCUCUGAUCCGAUGGAUCGUCUUCCUACGGGACUCAAGUUGUUUGUCCGGAAUCUUCUAUCUCUAACUCCGGUCAAGCUUGAUGACACCAAUUAUCCCUCUUGGUCGGCCACCGUCCGUGCAAAUCUCCUCGCUCAUCGUCUUCUCGGUUAUGUGGAUGGAUCUGAACCAUCUCCUCCGCCUCUUAUUCUCGAUGAGAAGGCUGCGGCACCGGGGAAGGAUGAAUCCCCGGUUAUGAAGCCCAAUUCCGCCUAUGAAUCAUGGCAUAUUGUUGACGCUCAGAUUCGGGCCUGUCUCCUCGCUAUUGUUUCACCCACGGUUCAAACCCAUAUUCACGCUCUUCCCACCGCGGCUGCAAUCUGGAAUCAUCUAGAGCAACGGUACAAUUCUCUUUCACGCACUCAUAUUUUUCAGUUGAAGGAGCGUUUACAUGGUGUUACUAAGGGGACCGAUUCCAUGCAAACAUAUUUGGACACUGUUCUCACCAUUGUGUCGUCUCUCAAACUGGCUCAUGAAGAAAUCUCUGAACAAGAUAUUAUUCUUUGUGUUCUACGAGGUCUACCGGCUGACUAUGCCUCCCUCAAGCAAAAUAUUCGCACCAAUAUUGCCACCGUCACCUUUAAUCAGGCCACCUCACAACAGUGCUCCGGGGACCUCAUGGCGGCGUGCGACAAUGCUGCGGUGACAAACGAUAGGAGGUGCAUGGUAGCAACAUAUGACAAUAUGGCGGUGACAUUAUCGUGUGGGAAGCAUGGAACUUCUUCUCUGCUUGGAGUUCUUUUCCUCAUCAUCGUAUCAUCUUCUGCAGAGAAAGCACCGUACACUUCUUUUGCAAAGGAUGCCACAUCAGCUGCCGCAGAAGCAGGGCACUACGACUACAUAAUCAUCGGAGGCGGAACAACCGGCUGCGCACUGGCGGCCACACUAUCCUCCGCCGCAAGAGUACUCCUCCUCGAGCGGGGCGGCCUGCCCUACGACAACGAAAACGUGACACACGUAAGCGGCUUCGGGCCGACGUUAUUGGACACCUCCCCCGCCUCCGCCUCUCAACCAUUUGUCUCCACGGACGGCGUGGUCCUCCACCGCGGCCGCGUCCUCGGGGGAAGCUCGGCGAUCAACGCCGGGUUCUUCUCCCGCGCUAGCGGCCAGGAGGUGGCCGAGGUGGGGUGGGACCCACGCCUCGUCAACGACUCGUAUGCAUGGGUGGAGACGAAGGUGGCGUUCAGGCCGGGGAUUCAGGGGUGGCAGGCGGCGCUCAAGGAUGGGCUUCUAGAAGCCGGAGUCCGUCCGUACAACGGAUGGACUAACGAGCAUUUGCACGGGACCAAAAUAGGGAGUUCAAUAUUCGAUGAGAGCGGGUACAGACACACCGCCGCAGACUUGUUAGAGUAUGCUGAUGAGACUAAGAUCACUCUCUUUUUGCAUGCUGUGGCCCACCAAAUCUUGUUUAAGGGGCCGUCACCGGGCCAAAAGCCCAGAGCGUAUGGGGUUUUCUUCAGAGACUCAAGAGGAGUCGGACACACGGCGUUCUUGAACGGAGGGUCCGAGAACGAGAUCAUUCUCUCGGCGGGUGCGAUUGGAAGCCCGCAACUGUUGAUGUUGAGUGGUAUUGGGCCGUCGGGUCAUCUCAAAGCCCAUGGGAUAGAUGUAAUACUGGAUCAAAAAAUGGUGGGCCAAGGCAUGUCGGACAACCCAAUGAAUGGAGUCAUUGUCCCUUCCAUAAGGCCAGUAGAGACCUCACUUGUCCAAGUGGUGGGCAUAACUGACUUUGGGAGUUACAUUGAGUCUGGGAGUGGAGUGUAUUUCAGCCCAAAAGCCAUUGAAGCUUUGGGCCAGGCUGGAUUUCAAACUUUAUUUCAAGACACAAAGAUCCAAGCUGGAUUUCUAGUGGAAAAAGUAAAGGGACCCUUCUCCCAAGGGCAUUUAGAAUUGGUGAGUAAAGACCCUAAUGAAAACCCAAAAGUGACUUUUAACUACUUCCAAGACUCAAGAGACUUGGAGAGGUGUGUGAAGGGCAUGGAAGUCAUCCGAAAAACCGUCGAAUCAGAGCCUCUUUCGGCAUUCAAAUAUCCCUUCACGACUUUCGAGUCGCUCUUGGACUUGGUCGUUGCGCUUCCCUUAAACAUGAGGCCGAAACACUUCACGUUUGUGGUUGGUUCGUUGGAGCAAUACUGUAUUGACACCGUCAUGACUAUAUGGCAUUAUCACGGCGGGUGCCAAGUGGACAGAGUUGUUGAUCGUGAUUACAAGGUUAUUGGUGCCAAUUCUUUGCGGGUCAUUGAUGGCUCCACACUUUUACACUCGCCCGGUACUAACCCUCAGGCCACUCUCAUGAUGCUUGGAAGGUAUAUGGGACAAAAAAUUUUACAGCAGAGAACACCUUCAUAAAUCUAAGAAGUCACGCUAGCUGCUAGCUUUACUUUGAUGAAAUUUUUCAAAUGAAUUUUUAUUGAAGCCUAAGCAAAUGGUCUUCCACUAAUAGUUAAGUUGAUAUUUAUAAAUAAUUGCAAAACCAAUUU